AUGUGUUUCUGCAUCGCACUUCUCCACGCGGGCCUCCUCUCCGCCGUCUUCGCCUUCCUACUCUGGAGUCUCCCUGGCGCAAUCGGCAUGUAUGGGCUCUCCCUCGGCGUACAGAAGAUGCCCGAACGCCUCCCUCCCAUCGUGUACGCCCUGCUCUCCGGACUAAACGCCAGUACCGUCGGUAUCAUCGCACUCGCCGCUGUGCAACUGUCUGAAAAAGCUAUUCAAGACCGUGUUACACGAAUUCUGGUCAUUUUCGCCGCAUGUGCGGGAUUGUGCUAUAAUGCGCUUUGGUAUUUCCCUGUGUUGAUUGUGAUUGGCGGUUUUACGACGGUGAUGUGGGAUAUUUGGCUCAGGCAGCGCGUGGGUAAGAUGAAGGCUGCGUAUCUCGCUAAGAGGAGGAGGGCGAGGGAUGAACAGGGUGAUGCGGAGGAGGUCCAGGCUACGAGCCAGAGUAUUCCUAUUGAGAUUACGCGGCCGGAGGCGGUGAAGAGGAGACAGGGAGCGGGCAGCUCGACGGAUCGGAUAGUACCUGAGCAGGAAGAGGCGGAGAGUAGUCAUGCUGGAGAACAUCCGGUUGUUGACAAUGUAGCUGAUGUCAAGACGCAUAACAUCUCCGUCAAGGUUGGUGUGUCGCUCAUUGUGGGCUUCUUAAUCUCCUUCAUUGUUGUCAUGGUUAUCCGGGGUACGGUAUCCAGCGGCCGGUCCUUCAACCUUUUCUCCAACAUGUAUCUAGCCGGAACUAUCAUUUUCGGCGGUGGUCCCGUAGUAAUCCCUCUACUCCGCUCCUACGUCGUAGACCCAGGCUGGGUUUCGCCACGGGAUUUCCUCCUCGGUCUAGCUAUUAUUCAAGCCUUUCCAGGGCCCAACUUCAACUUCGCAGUAUACUUAGGUGCCCUAGCCAUCGCCUCAGCACCCGGUUCUACACCAACGAUCGUAGGCGCCCUCCUCGGUUUCAUCGGCAUCUUCUUCCCUGGUAUCGUGCUAGCAGUCGGCGUACAGUCUAUUUGGCAGGUCAUGCGCACCAAGGCAUGGGUGCUCAGUCUAUUAAGGGGGAUCAAUGCGACCGCUGUCGGGCUGGUAUUUACGGCUGUCUACAGGCUUUGGGAGAUUGGUUACCUAACGCCAGAAAGUAGUGAUGGAAAGAGUUUGGCGGAUGAGCCUUGGUGGGUUGUUGUUGCUGCCUUGGCGUAUGCGGAGACGGCUUGGUUCGGUGUGCCGCCUGCUGUGGCAAUUAUCAUUGGCGCCGUAUUAGGAUUGGGGUGGUAUGGAGCUGUUGGGCAGUAG